CGAUCUAUCUCUCAGUGGACGACAGUGAAGAAGAGGAAAGUAGAGGCACUGCCAUUUGAAUUUAAUUAAUAGAGUUGAGGAGAGGAAUGUUUGGGACGGCGAUUAGAUGUUUUGCGAAGAAAUCGAAGCCGAAGAUGGGACCCGUAGUUCUGAAAACACCACCGGAGCAGAGGCAAACGAUCACGAGGGUUCUAUUCGAUAUCGUGAAGGAGCAUGGUCCAAUCACCGUUGGUAACACGUGGGAACGUGUCAAGGAAGUAGGGUUGAAAGAUUUGACGAGCAAAAAUCACAUGAAAGUGGUGCUGAGAUGGAUGAGAGAGAGACAGAAGGUUCGUCUUGUUUGCAACCAUGUUGGUGCACACAAACAGUUCCUCUACACUUCUUGGUUUACCAAGCCCGUUACUCCCCCUUCAAAGCCCAAGCCUGCUACUUCACCUUCAAAGCCCAGGCCCUCUUGAAACUUUUUUGUUUUUGCAAUGUGAACAAUAAUUUAGACUAUAAUUUCAUUUUAGUGUAUGUCCCGGCCAAUAGGCCUUUUGUCAUUUUCUGUUUCUUC